AUGGGAAACUCUGUGUCCUUGGAACCGAUACCUCCUUGGUGGCCUAGAGCUCCGUUUUCUGCGUCUUCAAACACCAGAACCGGACAAGGGAACUCGAGACAGCAUCCCAAUAGCUUCAGGAAAUUACUAUAUGACAAUGUCGUUGUAAACAGCUCCAAUUCCAUCUCCAUCUCCUCUGACUUUCUCCUCCGGAAACAUCUUGAUCAUGUAAGAUCUGUCUUCGAUGCUACCUGUGAACCAGGUGAAGUAAAGGUCACUAGUGACAUAGCGGCUUGGGUCGAAGCCAUUUGUGGCCUUGAGGAUCUGAUCGGAAGAAAAGCUUCGGAUAGGAUUGGUUUUGCCGUUGCAUCCAGCAAUGAGCUCUUUGAGAAAAGUGCUUCCAUUGUCCAAGAACCAGUGUUUCCUCCACUUUUUACCAUUAUUUCUCCAGAACUUCAUGAUCUUCUUCGGAUCAAUAAAGAAGUGAUUUUCCAGCCUAAAAUGUUGAUGGUAGUCAAAGUUGCCUCCUGGUGA